AUGGAUAAGAAAAUUAAAGCAGUGCAACUGAAAAAGAGGAUCGCCCUGGAGAACAUAAAAUCGCUGGAACGGUUCCAGGCGAAAUAUUCGAGUGAUGAUGCCAAGCAGAUUCCGGAGGUGUUAGAAGAUCUGGCGAAACAUAAGGAAGAGUUUUUCACCGCAGUUUCGAAACUGGAAGAGCUUGAAGAUAAAGACGAAGCGGUCGAAGCCAGCAUAAUGGAACGGAUCGACAUUGAAGAACGCUGUCGCAAGCUAAAAUCAUUUCUACGGGAAAGACAGCCAAAGGAAGAAGAUCGCUUCAUCGCAAUGAUCGACGCUUCAGCCGAGCUUCCAUCUAUCGCGAAGCUACAAUACUUACUGUCAUCGUUGAAGGGGGACGCGGCGGUACCCUUCGAGCAUACACCUUUAACGGCGGACAACUAUUCGGUUACCUGGGCGGCGCUUCUUAAACGGUACGACAAUUCUCGUCUUUUGAUUCGCGAAUACUAUCGCAAAUUGCACUACCUUCCGGGAGUGCAAUUGGUGUGCGUUGACAAGCUCACGCACCUGGUGGAUGAAUUCACCCGCUUCGUCAACGGGUUGAAAAAGCUGAACGAACCGGUUGACUCGUGGGACACACCCCUCUCAAACAUGCUGCUGAUGAAGUUGGAUCGAGAGACAUUGUUGGCUUGGGAGAAACAUUCCGUGCACUUCACGACGGACAAAUAUAAGGAUGUGAUCGACUUCGUGCAAGAUCGUAUCCAAAUCUUGAAAUCGACCAACAACUUCGUGAAGGAUCAAGCAGCUAGUGGUAUCAAGGUGGCCGGUCUCAUUCGUCAACCAGGGCAACGGAGAUUCAUCGCGAAUGCAGCUACAUCUCGCUCGGCUCCUGCUGCAUCGACUGCGCACACCCAACAGCCAAAGUGUCCAUUGGAGUGUUCCGAAGACCACACACUGCGCAACUGUCCAGUGUUCAUCGCCAAGGAGGUCCAACAGCGACGGGACGUCGUCGCAUCGAAGCGGCUGUGCUGGAACUGUUUGAGCAGCAAUCAUCAGGUUAGAGCGUGCAAGUCGGAUUAUUCGUGUCGCACGUGUCGUGAGCGUCAUCACACACUUCUACAUCAUUCACCACCCUAUGCUCCACCCGCAACGGUAACAUUGUCAGCUCAGUCGAAUGAAGACAAUGUGUUUCUGGCGACGGCAAACAUCCAGAUCAAGGAUGACUACGGGAACACCCAUGAAGCAAGGGCGUUGUUGGAUUCGGGAUCCAUGUCGAAUUUCAUCGCUGAGGAGUUCGCACGGAAACUGCUGACGAGUCGCAAAAGGGUCAACGUCGCUGUAUCGGGCAUCGGCAAUGCAGUACAGCAGAUCAAGGGUUCCAUCGUCGCUACCGUUCAGUCCAAGACACAACCCUUCGCAACGGAGAUGACUUUCUUGGUUCUGGACACGCCAUCCGCAAACAUCCCUACAUCACCAACGGACGUCUCUUCAUGGAAAAUGCCGGACGUGGCAUUGGCGGACAGCACCUUUAACAGUCCGGGGCAAAUCGACAUCGUCAUCGGAGGCGAUACGUUCUGGGAGCUCCACACCGGUCGCAAGUGCUCUAUCGGUAGAGGCAAACCGUGGCUGGUCGAAACCCACUUUGGUUGGGUUGUCACCGGCAACACUCAUCAUUCGUCAGUCGGUCCGCGGCUGUGCCAUCUAUCUGCAUACGACACCCCACUGGAGGAGACCAUGCAGCGGUUCUGGGAGAGUGAAACCAUAGCCGAGGAUCCUGUGCUAUCGGCUGAGGAGAAUGCUUGCGAGAAGCAUUUCGCAGCAACAACUGUUCGCAACUCAAGUGGAAGGUAUGUCGUUAGUUUGCCAUUUAACUCCAACCCUAAUAUCGUUUUAGGAGAGUCGAAGGAAAUAGCCGAUCGCAGACUGCGUUCUAUCGAACGGCGGUUGAACACCAAUGCUAAAAUGAAAGAAGAGUAUGUGAAAUUUAUGAAAGAAUAUGAGCAUUUGGGGCAUAUGAAGCGGCUUACCAGUCCUGCAAACGAUUCGGUAGAGCAUUACUACCUCCCACAUCACGCUGUCGUUAAAGAGUCAAGCACAACCACGAAGGUGCGUGUCGUGUUCGAUGCAUCCUGUAAGACUUCGAGUGGUUACUCAUUGAACGAUAAACUCUUAGUGGGACCAGUCGUUCAAGAAGAUCUUUUAUCGAUUAUCCUUCGGUUUCGUUCUCGUGCCAUUGCUCUCACUGCAGACGUAGAGAAGAUGUAUCGGCAAAUUUUACAUAGCCCUCAUGACCGUAACUAUCUACGCAUCCGGUACAGAGAACAUCCUGCAGAUCCUAUAUCGACCUUUGAGCUACAGACGGUUACGUACGGCACAGCCUCUGCUCCAUUUUUGGCAACCAGGACCCUCAAACAGAUUGCUCUUGACCACAAGGAAGAGUAUACUUUGGCAAUGAACGCGGUCAUGAACGAUUUUUACGUAGAUGAUUUGCUAACGGGUACCGAUGAUUUGUCCGAAGCAAUCGUUAUACAAAGGCAAAUCUCAGACAUGCUAAAUUCAGCUGGUUUCACGCUGAAGAAAUGGGCAUCGAACCGCUCCGAAGCAUUGAAGAACGUUCCUUCAGAAGAUGUGGCGGUACAACUCUCGCACGAGUGGAAGAGCUCGAAACAACGCCGCGUAGGAAACAAGGUCCAUGCUAAGGAUAUCCCACCGCUCACUGUAGACGAACUCAAGGCGGCAGAACUCAAGUUGUGUUAUCUUUCGCAACAAGACACCUUUUCCGAGGAGAUACAACACCUGCAGAAGGGCAAAGAGAUUCCGAAGAACUCCAAACUGAAAUGGAUUUCCCCUUUCAUAGAUACGCAAGGUAUUCUGCGCAUUGGUGGCCGGCUCAGUAACGCACAUCUGUCGGAAUCAGAAAAACACCCGGUAAUAUUAUCAUCGACACAUCCACUGUCCGCACUACUAGCUGUUUCGAUACACUUGACAUUUAUCAAUGCACUUCGUCGUUUGAUUGCACGUCGUGGUCAAAUCAGUGAACUGCAUUCCGACAAUGCAACCACCUUUAAGGGAGCGGCACAUGAGCUGAAUCGCGUCUACAAGAUGCUAAAGAGCGACGAACACGAUCGAGCUGCUAUAUUUGAUUGGUGCGCGAUGAAUCAUAUGAAGUGGAAGUUUAUCCCACCAAGAGCACCACAUUUUGGAGGUUUAUGGGAGGCGGCGGUGAAGGCAGCUAAAAAGCAUAUAGUCAGAACAAUAGGAACAACAAGCAUCACACAGGAGAGCAUGCUUACCCUACUUGCCCAGGUAGAGCAAUGUUUGAAUUCGCGACCAAUUACACCUCUAUCCGAUGAGCCGUCGGACUUGGAACCAUUGACACCGGGACACUUCCUCGUCGGUGGCAAUCUGCAAGCGGUACCAAUCAUCGAUUACACCGAGACACCGAGCAACUAUUUGAGGGAAUACCAGUUGGUACAAAAACAUCUGCAAACCAUUUGGGCUCGAUGGUAUCCGGAGUACCUGCAGCAGUUACAAGCUCGAGCCAAAUAUUGCAACGGGAAAUCAGCGGUUCUUAAAGAAAAUACACUGGUGAUUAUUAAGGAAGACAAUGUACAUCCUACCUCGUGGCCGAUGGGGCGCAUCGUUGCAGUACACCCUGGAAAGGACGAUGUUGUUCGCGUCGUUACACUGCGCACUGCUUCAGGGAAGCAAAUCGUCCGCGCAGCUAAUCGUCUGGCAGUUUUGCCUAAUCCGGACGUAAUUAGCAACUUAGAGCAGAAGGAAACCACUGGCACUGAGUAA